CUGCCGGUCAGACGCCGCUCCUUCCGGCUUCGGGUCCGGGCUCCGCGCGGAGGGCGAGGCAAUGAGUGCGGCGGCGGCGGCGGCGGCCGAGCGGGGCUGGAAGAGCGAGAAAGUGGACGAGGCUCAGGCCCUGGCGCGGAGCUGCGCCGCCCGCAGACCCGACUUCCAGCCGUGCGACGGGCUCUCCAUCUGUGCCACGCACAGCCAUGGCAAGUGCUUCAAGCUGCACUGGUGCUGUCACCUAGGAUGGUGUCACUGCAGAUAUGUGUAUCAGCCUAUGACCCCCGUGGAGCAGCUCCCAAGCACGGAGAUCCCUGCCCAGCCUCGGGAGCCCACAAACACCAUUCGGAUCUCAGUGUCCCUCACUGAACACUUUCUGAAAUUUGCAUCCGUCUUCCAGCCACCCCUGCCCCCUGACUCCCCAAGGUACUGUAUGAUCUCAGACCUCUUUAUCGACAACUACCAGGUCAAGUGCAUCAACGGGAAGAUGUGCUACGUGCAGAAGCAGCCCCCGCCGCAGCCCCACAAAGCCGGCCCCGAGGAGGGCUCCCCACACCAUGCCUUCAUUCCGAAAGAGAGCAGCACCCCAAAACUGGAUCACUGCUCUUCUCCCUCCAGUUCAGAGGACUCGGGGAUCAAUGCCAUCGGGGCUCACUACGUGGAGUCGGGUGACGAGGACACAGAAGAAGGAGCUGAGCUGAGCUCGGAGGAAGACUACAGCCCCGAGAGCAGCUGGGAGCCAGACGAGUGCACCCUACUGUCCCCGUCGCAGUCCGAUCUGGAGGUGAUUGAAACAAUAGAAACCACCGUGUGAGGGCCAGGCCGGGCGGCCUCUGCCCCAGGCUGAGCUUCUGUCCUUCCAUCUGAUGAAUCCUUUUUUCCAGCGCGGUUGAUAUUUUCUACCCCUUCCUGACACGUAGCAGCUCCACGUCUGCUGAUUAGCUCCACGCUUCAAGUAGUCUCACAGCUAAGACCUUCUUUUUACUAGAAAUGGUUUUCUUUUGUAUCUUGACUUACUUUCUAUGUAGCGUCUGGUGUCAUGCGUUGUGACCCAGCCUUAAUUUCCCUGGGAACUUGCGCUCAAUGAAGUGACGAUCGUGGCGUCUCAUGGAUCAGACUGAGGGGCUUCCUGGAGCGGUGGAGACAGUGUUUGCACAUAACCCGUCCUUCACAGAAAACUCUGGGCAUUCCUUCCGGUAUGCUCACGGGCCCCCUGUC